UUGGCACAGAAUGCGAAUGGUUCGCAUUUUGCAAGUGCGGGAAAUGAUGGUGCUGUGAAACUUUGGUCACUGAAUCGAAUACAGGGUGAAUUCAACACAGCUAUUCGAGCAGAUGCAACAAUUUCAUUUUCAAGCCAACAGAUCAAUUCAGUGCAAUUUCUGGGUGAAACGGGUUCACAUCUUGCUGUUGCUAGUGAGGACUGUGGUGUUAGCAUUGUGGAUGCUCAACGUAAUCAAUCGUUGGUGACAAUCGCAUUCAACAAGGAUGAAGAGGGCAGCCCAGUGGAUAUAAUUGCUUUUGUAUCUUUCAGAGUGCCAGAAAAACGUAAGCCAAAACCACUAUGGCAAUAUCGUAUCAAAAACGAAUAUGGCUUGAUCACAUCGUUUUGUAUUGAUACAUUUAAGCAAAAUUGGAUGUGUUUUACCUCAACGAAUAGAUAUAUUAUACUCUGGGAUUUAAGGUUUGGCAUCGAAGUGAAUAGUUGGCCUCAUCCGUGCGAUUCGUGCCGUAUGUUGCGCUGUUGGCCAGCCUAUCCAUUGAACGAACCAAGGUCACUAACCGAUAUCUGGACUGCAUCGUCAUCAGCAUUUGAGCUUUCUCGAUGGAAUCUGGAAACCGCGCAGCGGACGCAUGUUAUUUGGCCAUUUUAUAACGGCCGACAACCUCUUGAUUAUUCUAAAGAUGAUAGGCAUGUUACAACAGCUCUAGCUACAUGCCCAUCAACGGGUCGCAUUUUUACGGGUGAUAGUUUGGGUGCACUGCGAUCGUACAAUUUAUCAAAUCCAAAAGAAUGCUUCUAUCUUUCUGGACCGCUGAAGAGGACAGCCGAAGCGAUUUCUUCAGUAUCAGCAUCAAAGCGUUUCGCAUCGAUCACCUACAACAAAUCGGUCAAAGAUACGGUGGAAAUUUUAAGUGAAUCAGUAUCGGGAGCAACCGUUGAACCUCUGUACUGUGUUAAUCCACUGGAAGUACAGCUAACGAUUUGCCACAAAAGCCCGAUCUCGGAUCUUCUUUGCUCUGGCGACUACUUGAUUUCAUCGAGUCGAGAUGGUGUCAUUAAAAUAUGGAAAUAG